AUGUCACAUUUAUGGGAUCAACGGAAUAAUCCAAUAUUGUACAUAUGCGGCUACUACAUUCUAUUUGUUGUUGUUAGUAUCGUGCUAUUAUUCAUAAUAUACUGUACAGUAACAUACUGGGCUAAUUCGAAGAACAUUUUGGCGGCAGAAGAGCGGUACUUGAAUUCUGCACCAGAGACACAAAUUUCUAUUGACAAACACAUGAUGAUGUUGGAUGAACGAGAUUUGUAUCCCGAACUUAAUUCACGAAACGGAUUCGAAUUUGAAAAGAACGACUUGAACAGAUAUCCAAAUUUAAUACAUAUUGUAAAGUUUAACGCUCGGGAAGAAUCAGUGACUUCCUCAACAGAAAGAGACAUGACCAGACUUUAUAUUUGA